CUCUCUCUCUCUCUCUCUCUCUCUCUCUCUCUCUCGGCAUCUCGAUGACCAGACCGUAGAGUCUGGCAGAGAGUAGGGCAGCCUCGUGAAUUCGACGGCUCGAAUCGGUGCAAAAGUGUCAUCGGUUAAAUCAGGUCAAAACACCUUCUCCUCAACUGGGGAUUGGAUUCCCUUGGGAAAUUCCUCGCGAUCGUUACUAAUCGCCGUCGAUCAGCACACGGAUUUUUCCCGAAAACUGUUAUGUUCGAAUGAAAAUCGCAAUGUUUGCUGUGCACGAUGAAAGUAUCGUGGAAAGGGGAAUAGUUUCUAUAAUCUCGAGGUCUCUCUUCCCAGUAGUUACUCCUCCCAAGUCUCCUGGCAGGGGUCUCUCAGGAGCGAAUCUCUUCGCGCGUGGUGAAAGCGGCAAAGCACUUGGACGCACAGCCAGCUCUGCUGUUGAGAGGGGGUGAGAGAGAGAGAGAGAGAGAGAGAGAGAGAGAGAGCGAAGGAAAACUUUUUCGGGAAAUAAUAACUACAAUGUCUUAGAGAUGCGUAUAUAGUCUCACAGUAUAUGUAUAUAUUGUGAGAGUAGAGAUUUUCGGCUGACAAAUCUUCAGUUUUGACGCUGCUGCGAAAGCGGAAAGAGAAAUUAACUCGUUAUCCUCAAGAAGUCAGCGUCAUCGUCGCUGCGAACGCGAAUUGCCGAGAUUUACCGUACAUCCCAGCAGCAAUGGGACUAUUUCUUCGGCAGAGAGGAAGAAAAAUGGUAAUUCUUGCGUUCUCGCUGUGCAAGUGGAACGGGCGUGUUUCAUCGGCUCGUUGCAGCAGUCACGAUCCGUGACUCGUAAACUCGUCGGACAGCUCAGCGGGCCGAAUGAUCGUCGCUCGUUCCCGAAAUUGCGCUCGUCCCCGUCGUGCGCAAUCUUCCCGUCGUCUCAGCUGUGUCGAAUUCGACGCGACACGAAGGGGAAAAUGUCGGCACGUCCGCGACAAGCCGGCCGUUUAAGUUCGCAGCGUCACGUACAUUCCGCAUCAGUCCGCGUGUCACGGCGGCGACGGCGGCGGUGCCGGUCCUACGAAAGAUUUAAACCUUUACCGCCGCGAGGUAAAGGCCAGCCGGCCGGAUCGCGCGCGCCCGUCCGCGAGCUAGUUAGACUAGACCAGGCUCAGUCGGUAGGUAACGAUAGAUUAGUUCGUAUAGUUUUGCAUCUCUCGUCUGGAAAAGGCAAUUCUCCCCUUGGAAUAUGAAAGUACUUGUGCUGCUCGGCACGCUCGCGGCCGUUUUAAUCGCCGGCCAGGAUACGAAAAUCGUGGUGUUCCCGCCCAACGGGAAUGGCUCGUCUUUGACAGAGAUGGGGGAUAAGACCGAGCCGGUGGCUCAGCCGGAUAUGACGCGCGGAUAUGAUGCGAGCCUCCUCUUGCCGCCGCAGCCGCAGCCACAGCCGCAGCCGCAGCCGCAGUCGCAGCCAAUGUUGCCAAUGCUGCCCUCGGAUUACUUUUUCUCCGCACCUCAAAGAGCGUUUUUGCAUCACAGAAGCGAAAACGUGCCGUAUGGAUACGAGUAUCCCAACAAUAUUGGGUAUCCGGUGGCACACUCGGUGGAGCAUUCGAUCGUGCCGUCGUCGAAACAGCUCGUCAUAGUCAGUUUCAUCGGACUGUUGUUGCUGUUGGCGAUUAUACAGAAUACGCUGAGCGCCGUUAAGCGGAAAGACGCGAUAAUGGAUUUGUUAGCGUCCAGGCAAAAGCGGAAUGUCUACGCAACGCGCGACUUCGAUGUCGUGACGCCGGAGGAGGAAGAGGUUCUUAAUAACGAUGCCAGAGUACGGUGCAUACAAAGGACGAUCUGCCUCGAGAAUCGCGAGCUCUUCCAAGACUUGGGCGCGCCCGGCAAAAUGCUGGCGAGGUACCUGACGAACGGAAUAGAGAAGUCGCUGAAGCCGUCCUCAGGUUGGGAUCGUCUCGUGAGGGAUGCGGGCGCAGCGGGAAUUCGAGGCGAGGACUGCGACGUGCUUUACAGAGACUGCGACACACCCGUGAUAAGGAAAGUGCACAAAGCCACGGACAACUCGGUCUCGGUGAACGCGACAAAGCGAGAUACCUCGGAUUCGAUUCGUUAAUUUCGUCGAUAAAUGCGAGAGGCACCUACGUGACUGACCUUGCGCGUCGCUUUCGAUUCCUUCUCGGGCGAAACGCGCCCAAAAUGCGCAAAAAUGAAAUUUCAAUUUUGUGGAUGAUAAAAUUGCCACUGUUUUCGGAAUCAAUCAAUUUUUACUAGGCCUCGGGGAACGAGAACGUAACGUUGCUGCGAAUCGAUCAACCGAUUAAAACGAAUGACGAUGCAUCCUCCUUGGCACGAAGCAUGUCGCAGCAUUAGCAGAAUGUCGACUUACAGAUUGCAUCUCGUAUCGAGUAAAAAAACCGGCGACAUUAUGAUUUUUUUAGAUUUUAAUUACAAUAUGUAUUGUUUUUCUUGUUUUAUCCGCUACAAACAUCGACAUCUAGCCUGAACUAUUUUAGAUAGCAGUUGUCCGCUAUUGUACACACAUCAUUUGCGCACCUUUUCUCUCUUGUCGUCGGAAUAGUAAAAAAGGAAACUAUGAAACUGCAAACUGAAUGGAACAAUGGCGCAUUCGGUAUUUUGUGUGUUAGUUUCCGUAUGUAUGUGUUUGUCCACGAUACACUGAGAGAAAAAAUGUCUAAAGAAUAAAGAAAUAUUCAUUCCAUUAAUAACAUAUUUACUU